ACCCCCACCCCCACCCCGCCUGCUCUGCGGCGGAGGCGGCGGCGGCGGCGGCAGCGGCGUCCCUGCCUCUCCGCCACCUCCACCGCAGCCUCUGCCCCGCCCGGCCGGCGUUGUUGGCGGGGAGGGGGACGGUAGUUGUAGACGCCCGCCCCUGCCUCGGAGAAGGUGAAUGAGAGUUGAAUAUUAGAAAAAGUAGAUGAAUUCUCUACUCCGAGAUUUAGCUCCCUGAUUGUUGUAGUCUUCACUUUGUGGAGCAUUCGUGCUGAAAUACUGAAGCAGUUAAUGGUUGAAUAUGAUCACAUUUCACCAUCAAGUUCUCAGCCUGAUAACGAGAAUCCCUUUUGGUCAACCUAAUGAAGCAUUCAAACAAGUCAUAUGACUCUUUUCAAGAUGAACUUGAAGAUUAUAUUAAAGUACAGAAAGCCAGAGGCUUAGAGCCAAAGACGUGUUUCAGAAGGAUGAGAGGGGACUAUUUGGAAAGCUGUGGGUACAGAGAAGAGUUUGAUUCCAGGCCCAGGUAUAGCAUGUUUGAUCAAAGACUCCCAUCUGGAACCAACCAUACCUACCCAAGAUCAUGCAGUAGUUCACAGACAGAAGACCGCUUGCCCCAGUGGUUACCAGCUCAUGGAAAGCUGAGAUUAGACUCUCUGAGCUACUGUCAAUUUACCAGAGACGGCUUCUCAGAAAAACCAGUCCCCUUCAACCUUAGUCAGCAAGAAUACAACUGUGGCUCAUAUAGUGUAGAAUCUGUAGUUCACAAGCAUCUCAGCUCAGGGCACAGUACCAUUGACCCUCAAGCCAGUCAUAGACAAAUGCACCAGAAGAGGAAAAGACAUCUAGAGGAGAGCAGAGAAAAGGAGGAAGAGCGGCCCAAACACGAGAGGAAAAGGAGUUCAGAGGAAAUGGAUUUAAACAAACACAGGAACAUCCAAAGAAAGAAAACAAAGGCAGAAACAGAAACUGUACAGGACGGUACAGAAAAGCUUAAGAACCGAAAAGAGAGAAAAGGCCGAGAUGUAUCCUCUAAGAAAGAGGACCGUAAGCGUAGAAAGGAGAAAAAGGAGCAAGGCGAAGAAAGGACAGAGGAGGAGAUGCUUUGGGACCAGUCUAUCCUUGGAUUUUGAAGCUCCUAAGUCAGUUCUCCUGAGGCUCAACUGAAAUAACAUCUGAGGAGCUUGGUUCUAUGCAUUCAUGUUCAUGUCACUUUCCUAUGUGGACAGAAGUUUCAACUUCUAACGAAGUGAACAUGAGGAAUUUAGUAUGCUUGCUUUCCAACAUGGAGAUUACUUUCCUAUUUUCUAAAAGCUUUAUUAAUUUUUCUUACAUAUGAUAGAAUUUCCCUUUAAGAAAAGAGUGACUCUGCUUUGAUUCACCAAAUUGCUGUGGUAGUGGAAUUAUUUUCCCUUGGGAGAUCAUUUAUUUAAAAUUGGAGGAUUAACAGACUUUGUGGAAUCUGUUUCUUGGUUGGGUUUGUUUUAGUUUUGAGUCACGUAUUUUUAUGCUCACUGGCUUUCUCUAUGAAACAAUUUAGAUAUCCUUUUGUAGAUCUAACUUGCAGUAUUUUCUGGGUUGGAAAGUGAAAUACAUUAUAAUAAUCUUAUCUUACAUAUA